GGUUGAAAUAAAUAAUUUUGGGUAAAACAGAUGGCUACGAAACGCAUCGUAUUGCCAUUGUUGGUUGUAGUGUACUGCGUUUUGGUACAAUCUAGCAGUGCAUUGAUUCACGUCGUUGGAGGAGUUGCAGGUUGGGAAAUUCCUCCUAAUAAAACGUUUUAUGAAGAUUGGGCAAAACCUAGAACUUUUGGUGUUGGUGACAAAUUAGUGUUUCCAUACAGAAUGGGAGCACACAACGUGCUACAAGUAAACAAGGCAGACUUUGACAAAUGCGGUCACGACAAUGUAAUAAACCAGUUUUUCAAGGGUCCAACCGUGUUUCAACUCAAUGCUAUCGGCGACUACUAUUUCUAUAGCGGAGUCGGGAUCCACUGCGAGAUGGGUCAGAAGCUUCACGUCCAGGUUGUCCCCGGCAAGGGCUACUCUGGUCGAGGAACCCGCUUCCUUCAAUUCGUGUCUAGACGACUGUGGGCAUGUCCUGGCCUCAAAAGUCUAUUAAAAAAUUAAAAUUAGCUUAAGUUUAUUUUCUUUAGUUUUAUGA